CGGCGGACUUAAUGGAAUGCGUGAUGUUACGAUUUUUGUUACAUUCGGAUGAAUCUCGAGAUGAGGAAGUCUAAUAAUCGGAUAUGAGGCUAUGAAAAAUAAUAUUGAGUUAUUCUGGACAGUGGUCUGAUCAUGAAGGAUUCUGGGAUUUUGUACUUUUUCACUUCUUUUUUUUGUUCUAGCUUUCCAAAUAUGUCGAAUUCUACAUCAUCGAAUCCGUCAACGUUACUACCAUUGGAAUUGGUAGACAAAUGUAUUGGUUCCAGGAUCUGGGUUAUUAUGAAAGGUGAAAAGGAGAUUGUUGGAACGUUGACAGGUUUUGAUGAUUACGUUAAUAUGGUACUAGAAGAUGUUGUGGAGUAUGAAAAUACAGUUGAUGGUAAAAGAGUAACGAAGUUAGAUACCAUUUUGCUGAAUGGUAAUCAUAUCACAAUGUUGGUACCUGGAGGUGAAGGUCCUGAAGUUUAAUUUUUGCUCGCAUCUCAAUUUCUUGUAUAUGUUUCUUUGCUGUAAUAGAUGUAUUUUAUACGAAAAUAUUGAACUUCGUUUUAUAAAACCCUUCAAAUUUCAUUCUUUGGUGUAUGAAAGAAUAUGUUAAUAAUUCUCAAUUACACUUUUUUUUGUCGAUUUCGGAUUUCCCAUCAAAUGAAAUUUUUAAAAAAUUUUCCUCCAUUAAAUAUG